CCGAACAGUGUGGGUAGCGGCCAGGGAGGCGGAUCUGGGACAAUGUCUGGGGAACUGCCACCCAACAUUAACAUCAAAGAGCUUCGAUGGGACCAAAGCACGUUUGUUGGCCGAGCCAAUCACUUCUUCACGGUCACAGAUCCGAGGAACAUCCUUCUAACAAACGAACAACUAGAGAAUGCAAGGAAAGUGGUGCAUGACUACAGACAAGGAAUCAUUCCUGCCGUCACGGGAAAUGAAUUGUGGAGAGCUAAGUACGUGUAUGAUUCAGCUUUCCAUCCAGACACGGGUGAGAAGAUGACCCUGAUAGGAAGGAUGUCGGCUCAGGUUCCAAUGAACAUGACCAUCACCAGCUGCAUGGUGACCUUUUACAGGACCACACCAGCUGUGCUUUUCUGGCAGUGGAUAAACCAGUCCUUCAAUGCUGUUGUCAACUACACUAAUAGAAGUGGAGAUGCCCCCCUCACUGUAAAUGAGCUGGGUACGGCGUAUGUCUCUGCAACAACCGGCACUGUAGCGACAGCCCUAGGACUCAAUGCCUUAACCAAGCAUGUCUCACCACUCAUAGGACGUUUUGUCCCCUUUGCUGCCGUGGCUGCUGCUACCUGCAUUAAUAUCCCGCUAAUGAGGCAAAGGGAACUCAAAGUUGGCAUUCCUGUCACUGAUGAAAAUGGCACCCGCUUGGGAGAGUCGACCAAAGCUGCAAAGCAAGCCAUCACACAGGUGGUCAUCUCCAGGAUCCUCAUGGCAGCCCCGGGCAUGGCCAUCCCUCCAUUCAUCAUGAACACGCUGGAAAAGAAAGCCUUUCUGAAGAGGUUCCCGUGGAUGAGUGCACCAAUUCGAGUCACCUUGGUUGGCUUUUGUUUGGUCUUCGUCACCCCCCUGUGCUGGGCUCUGUUCCCUCAGAAGAGUUCCAUGCCUGUGACAAGCUUGGAGGAUGAGUUGCAAGCCAGCAUCCGAAGGAGUCAUCCUGAAUUACGGCUUGUGUACUUUAACAAGGGCCUGUGAAGCCAAGAUCAAGCCCUGGAGGCUCCGCCUGCCAUCUGUGACCCUCCAGAAGCCACAGCAGUGAGGGAAUCCAGUGUGAUGGGGCACUGCCAGUUACAAAAGCCUCUAGAGAUCUGCACUAGAGUCAAGCUGCCCCCUGGCACAGCACCCAGUGCCAGUCAGGGGCCUGACAUUUGAAUCAUAUUGUAAUUUACAAACAUCCCCUCCUGGUAGACUUUAAUGACACCAUUUUCUCAAAGCCCUUACCUGGAGCUUUCAAAAGCACUGGGAGGCAUAGCAUAGGUGCUCUGGUUACCUGCUAAGUGAACAUUGGUU